AUGGAGCAGAAAGACGAAGUCCGGGACUACAUCCAGUAUGAAGAAGUAGGGGUUCCAUCGCAUAUACGGCGUGCAAAACGACCGUUCCGUUUGGAACGCCCGAGCAAAUUCUUUAUCUCGUCGAUAGCUCUGGUUAUUCUGGCUGGUGUUGCCAACCUGGGGGUCUGGUUUUGGGUCACUCGUGGCCCUCGAGAUGCGCUGGAUGAAGAUUGGAAUCACUGCGGACGGUCAAGCGAGGAAGCCAUGCGACGCGGAUGCGUCAUGGAACCAUUGUUCUACGGUUGGAUGCCCAAACAGUGCGCGUAUCAAGAGCUCUCGGACCGUUAUCCAGUGUUUGAAGACAGGAAAUGGUAUCUUGAAAAGGAUAUGAUUAAUGAGGUGGCAUCGGACGCACUUUGGCGUGGCAGCAAUAUUAAGGUCUACACGCACAUUUACCACGGGGAGCACUGCUUGUUCCAGUGGCGGAAAAUCAUGUUCGCUAUUAACAAUCAGGAGCAGUACAUCGAUAACAAGACGAUCAGUAUUCAUCACUCUAGCCACUGCGCAGAUCAGCUUACAGUGGGGAGAGAAGGAGAUGAUGCGAUCAAUGAGGUGGAGCUUGGCUUCUACCGAUGUAGAAAUACAAUUUGGGCAAGCUAA